GUCUAGCUGGGACGUAAGGAAAAAGCAGUUCAGAGAAAUAACCAGGACAGGUGCCAGCAAAGAAAUUGAAACACAGAUCUGAUUUUACCCUCCCCUACUCCUUCUCAGCCUACCCCUGACAUUACUUAAUGAGUCAUAUCUUAAGCUACAGAAGUAUACGAAGCUGCUAUUGUGAGGCAAAAAGGUGUUUCAGUUAACGAUUUCAAUCCUUAUUACAAGUCGAGCUAAUUGCAUAACGCUCUGGCACCUGUAAACAGCCGGCAAUGACACUCUAGCUGCAAAUAAUUAUUACUAGGAACGUUAAUGUUUGAUUUGUUCACCGACCAUUAGAAUUGUAUAAUCACAAGUAGGAUAUUUUCCAGAAUGUGAUUUAAUGCUGCAGUUCUCAACCCCUAGGGAUACGGGAAGGGUUGUCCAGGGGUACGCAGUGACAUAAAUAAGCACACACUGUCAUGAACCAGCCUUUAGAUAAUUAAAGGUGGGCAGCGGUCAGUGGAAGAGGCCAAUAAAGGGAGCCUUUCUGUCAGUUUUUAUGACUUGACUGAUGGAGACGAUCGAGGCCAAGGUUGGAGGGUAGGAUGUAGCAGUUUAGGGGUAAAGCGCGGUGGGCAGUAGUUUUUUUAGUGUUAGGUCAAUAGCUUCAGGGCCGGGUAGAUUUGGUGCAGAGGGGUCACAUGGUAGGUCAGUGUAUGGUUUAGGGUAGAUCUUUAGUAGGGGCCUUUUCCCAAUACACCAGCAGGGUGUGUCGUCUCAGAGCGCCGUACCAACUGUAGGCAGCAAGUCUGAGGGAGGCCGGUUCCACCUGAACGCGUAUCGCUACUUGCUGGUACCUGCAGUCUGGAACCGUGGAGAGUGAGGAGGAUGUCUCCGUCCUUGCAGACGACAAGAAGGGGACACACCGUCAGAACCAGCAACAGCAAAUCUGCCACCUGUGCCUGGGGCAACCGCCGGGGGUAGUGACUACUGUACUGGACGUGCGAAUAGGCGGGACGGAAAGUAAACAAGCGACCUUUCACGAGCUACACCGUGUAAACCAGGAUGCUACUGCAACCCAGACUGUGAGGGAAGCUACUCUCAACCUCGGUUAUAUAAGGAGAAUUGAGAAGGUGGCUGGUGUAGUGUGUGGAUCCACAUCCCUUCCCGCUGGACGCCUGGUCCAGUCUCGAGUCAUGGCGCCCUUUGCACGUUGGGUCUGUGCUCUGCUAGUGUUGCUGUGUCAGUACCAACCGACAUCGUCUCAGACCGUUCACAAGCUGGCCAUCAGGUCGGAUGUUCGAUUCCGCUUUGCCACAACGGAGGUCGAGUGUGUCAUGAGCAACGACAAGUCUUCGCCACACGAACUGAUGUUCGACUUCACACUGCCCAAGGGAGCUUUUAUCACCAACUUUUCUAUGACAAUCGAAGGUAAGGAGUACCCGGGACAGGUGAAGGAGAAGGGACAAGCCCGAGAACAGUACCUGACGGCGCUUACGAAAGGACACACUGGGGGUCUGGUGGAAGAGAGCACUCGUCACACCAACACGUUCGAUGUGUCCAUCAACAUCCAGGCUGGAGGAAAUGUGACCUUUACUCUCCUGUAUCAAGAGCUUCUGCGCAGGCGCUUUGGUUCUUACGAGCAUUUGGUGCACGUGAAUCCCAACACGGGAGCCAAGGACUUCAGCAUUGAGGUCUAUGUCCAAGAACUCACCGAGAUAAAGGAUGUCAAGACUCCGCCACUCCGCAAGGACAUUCUGAGCAACGCUGUCAGUGAAGGCCAAAAUGCUCUGACCAAAAUCAGUCAGCCUACCCCGACUGCUGCCCACGUCGUGUUCCACCCGACACAGAGCGAACUGAAAAACACUGGUUCUGGGUGGUUCGUUGUCCAGUAUGACGUAGCUUCGGCCAACACAGGUGAACUGCUGGUUGUCGACGGAUACUUUGUCCACUUCUUCGUGCCGCCUAGUGACCUGGCUCCCUUGCCCCUUGACAUUGUGUUCGUCCUUGACCGCAGUGGCUCGAUGAUUGGGCGACCCAUAGUGCAACUCAGAAAUGCGAUGACAAAUAUUCUUCGCGACGUCCGAGAGAUCGACAGGCUUAACAUUAUCAUCUUUAACGAUGAAGUAGAGAAUUGGCAGGACGGCUUAGUGGAGGCAACCAAGACCAACAUUAACAAGGCUGUCCAGUAUGUGAAUAAUAUCUGGGCAGUUGGAUGGACCAACAUACACGCAGCGUUCAUGCGGGGUCUGAGGUUACUGAAGGAAGCGCGCGCCGAGAAUCGCGUGCCAGUCCUCUUCUUCCUGACAGACGGGCGGGCCACCGCGGGCUGGACCUCGUCCAACCAGAUCAUUAAUGAUGUCACAUCCAACAACGAUGGCGUGGCGAACGUUUACUGCCUGGCAUUCGGCAGCAGUGCUGACUACGAGCUCAUGAAGCAGGUGUCCGCCAAAAACAAUGGUUUCGCACGCAAGGUGUAUCCCGCCGCGGACGCAGCCUUGCAGGUGACCGGCCUGUACACAGAAAUCUCCACCGUGAUCCUCCGUGAUAUGACCAUCACUUACUACGACAGCGGCAACACCGACAACAGCCUCGUGCGCAUCGACAACUCGUCCCUCACCACCUGCGUGUUCCCCACCAUGUUCGGCCAAGCGGACGCCGUCGUGGCUGGCCGCAUAGACAACCCCACUGCCAUUGACCUCAGUCAGGCCAUGGGCCUGACCCUGACAGUAUCAGGUCAAGGUGCAACAGGUCAGGUCAACCUCGUUCUCGACGAAAGCCUCGUCACCCAGCUGACGUUGAACACUAUAGGAGAGAACCGUUUCUGGAGCGUGCCGCGCGACCUGGCAGACAUGACGGAGCGGUCGUGGGCGUAUCUGACCAUCAAGCAGCUGCUGCAGCAGAAGGAGGCCUUCAAGACAAACGAGACCCUCGUGAAAGAGUUGGACACCAAAAUACUGGAGCUGUCUCUCCAGUAUCACUUUGUGACUCCGCUUACCUCAAUGGUUGUGACGAGGCCCGAGGAUGCUGACAAGAAAGCCGACGAUAACGCGCCGAGUGCUGCGUCCUUUGCAGACACCGACGAGAGAAAUGCCGACUCUCCAGGUUUAAUGAGGACAUCCAGCGUGAGGCAGCAUUAUCAGUACAUGGGUCCACAUCGUGUAGCUCUACAAAACUCACCCUGGAGACCACACAGACCAAGAUACGCAUCAAUGUUACCACUAAUGGGUUACUUCGGACCAGUAUUCCCAGAUCAAAACCACAUGGACGUGGGGAGGCGAGGAAUGCCGAAUAAGGACCGUCGAGGACCGAAGAGUCAAAAGAAGCUCUGCAAAAGCAAUAGCAGAGUCAUCUUGCAAGCUGCCCUGCUGAGUGAUUCCUCUUCUGACCCGAAAAUCUGCUUUGAACUGCAUCCGAAGGCUGACAUUAACUACACUUUGUUCGAAUAUACCACAGAGAAUUUCAGAAUAGUGACGGGUCAGAAGGACAAGCAGAUGAGUUUUCUUGCCAUUUAUCGAGGCGCAGAGAAUGUAAACAUCUCUGUGAACGAUGAUGGAAAUCUCGAUGUCCUCCAUGACCCUUCUGGUAGCUCAACUCUUUUCAACGACCUGUCGAAGGCGCCGAACACUUUGGACCUUCAAGUCGGCGCCUUUCAUGUCUCAGUCUUGGUCGCGAAGACUAAAUGCUCGACCACGUUCCUGGCGGUCAAAGUUCGCACCACCAGUAAUCUUGCGCACGCGAGGAGACUCCAUGGUGGUGUGCUAGGUGACGCAAUGGUUGGUAACGACCAAAAGUCCAAAAAGAAUGGCAAAGUCGCCCAGCAAUGUGCACAACUCUUCAAGACCACGAAUCACAAUUCUCGUCGUCUUGGAGACAGAGAGCUCACGAAGCGUUAUCGCAUUUAGCAAACUGCAUUCUGGGAACACUUUCUUACUUACUCCCAUCCCCCUGUCUCCAGAAGGUGCCUAAUGAGCAAGCCAGGAACACUGACCGUCAAAACAUUGGAUAUAAUCUGGAUUGUCAAGGAAAAAAAAUAAGUGGAAGAAAACAAUCAAAUUAUCCUCCUCAUACCGAUAAUCUACUAUGUCUAUGAUGGCAGUUAUCUGUUUGUAGACAUUGUUUGUAUGUACAUAACGCCUAAGAGGUUGUCCCUCUUCUUGCUCAACCCAGAGACUUGGUAGUUGGUAGACACUACCAGUUCCUAAGUUUGGUAGUCAUCCUUAAAGGUAUUAGCCUACUUCAGUAGGUGUUGACAAUAUUGUGUACAGCAUAGGGCUUCAUAUAGCAGCUAGAGGGAGACUACUUCUACAGCACCUUGAAAAGCGCUUCGAUGACAUGAACGAGACCCUCUUCAAUGUUGAAUCUUCGCAUCACGUGCCGAAGCCCCUCGUGCAAGAACUUCUCACCUCUCCUUGUAUAAUUCUACUAAUCUCUUCUUAGAAGCUGUUGGUGGAUUUAAGAUGUAUAGAAUUCACAUCAGGGUAUGGUGUGCUUGACCAGUGUCGGUCCGAAUAUUAACAUGCAAGGUGUGGAGUGACAAUGAAAUACUUUGCAUACUUUUCUCCUUGUAUCCUCGUAUCUGUCAAACAGAUUUGUCAAGUUAAACCUGACCAAAGUUUUCUCAAACUAGAAUAUGUCCUUCGUGUUCUUUAACACAUACACGUUCUGGAACUUCGAUUUCAUACAAAGUUGUUAUACUAUGAUCACCUUUGUGAAAAACUUGCAUUUAUGUUUUUACUAAGCAUAAGUGUUUGGUAUCUAAAUAUAUCUUUUUGUGAUUAUUUCCAUCGCACGUACAGUUUAAUUUUUUUAGGUCACGAAUAACAUGUGCAGACAUGCUUAAGGGCAAGCCCCUAUUUUACAGUUAAACUAUUUACCAUGUCAACAUAAAGAAGGCAGUGCAGAGUUAGAUAAUAAGGAUCCAUGGGAAAAAAAGAUGGUUUACACUUUGAUGAUCUCGGAAUGUUUCAUUUGCACAUACAGUACAUUAAUGUGUGUAUAUGUUUUCUCAUUUUAUGACUUAAAAUACUUUUUAAAAGUUG